GACCAAACCCACUUUUAGGUUAGUCAUGUCCGUCAAUUUUUGACAGUGUUGAUAAACAACGCCUAAUUUUUAAGUUUUCUUUAGUAUUAUUACAAAAAUGUCGCAUAAAUUAUUUUAUGCGCUAUCCAGUGUCUUGGUAGUGCUUAGUUUUAUAGCAUUUGGUGAGGCUGUUAGAUGCUAUCAGUGUAGUUCCAAUGAGGAUCCUAAAGGUUUUGAUAACUGUGCAGCAUAUAAAAAGUUUGACAAGAGAAAUCAUAUAGCUAUUGAGUGUAAUAGCGAGGAAAGUCAUAUGCCUGGUACUUUUUGUGUGAAAGUGGUACAGCAGAGUCCCAAAGGCUUUAUUUGGGAUGGUCGUUGGAGACAAGUUAUUAGACGAUGUGCUUCAGUUGCUGACACUGCCGUUACAGGGGUUUGUAACUGGGGUGUUUAUGAAAACGCUGUCUACUGGGAGGAAUGUUAUUGCUCCGAGGAUGAAUGUAAUUCAGCCAACAAAAUAACAUCGCUUAAUAUAUUAGGUUUUACAACUAUCUUAAUUUUAAUUUUAAAAGUAUUUGUUUAAACCAACUUUUUGGGUUUAAUUUUGUAAAUCAUGACUAUAUUACGAACGAACUUUUAUGUAUGUAAAUAGGUUUGACAAUUUUUGAAUCUCUUUAAAUAAUUGUAUGUUUUUAUGUGUUCAAAUAGUAUUUAUUAGGUUUUAAAAAACGUCCAAAACAAACUUAAUUCCGUCCAAAAUAUUUAUAAAACUUAAAUAUUGUUUGUAUUUUUAUAGGUGUUAAAAUUUUUU